AUGGAUACUCUUUUCGGUACAUCCCACCAGGACUCUAUACUUAGUUGGUCUCUAUGCGCUCAAUUUGGAGGGAAACACAAUCCUGUCAAUUUCCGACUGGAAAGACAAGACAGUGGAAAAUGGAAAGCUUACUCGGAUGAGAUUGAAGCUUCACUAUCUCUAUGGCUUUACUCCGUCAACCAGAUGGAAGGAAAUGAUUCCUCAAGCUCAUCUAGCAAGCCAAGUAUCGAAGAUGAUGCGUGGCAUCGUGCGAAAGGAUCGUCGUUGAAAAGAAGCCUGCGAGUACUGGGCUCGCGUACCGACAUCUUGAGCCGAAACCUUGAAUGGUGGAUGCCAAUUGAAGCAGCGAGCAUUUCGGAAGUUGGUAAUGAAGAAGAAGAAGUGUUGACGGAGGUUGAGGCACACAGGGUCGUAGGAUCUGGUGUACGUUGUUGGUUUGAAGGUGACAAUGCCAGCACGGGAGUCAACAAGAACUCCAGAAGAAUGCUUUUGAUCACAGAAACGUAUAACUCAUUGAAGUUGCUGUACGCUCAAGAUAUCUUCUCUACGUUUAUGUGGACUGCGGCAAAACUACUACCUACCCCAAUGUCAGGAGUCGCUGACAUACGGCCGAUUGAUGACACGAACGGUGCCGACUCAUGGCAAUCUUUCAAGUUUCAGAACCAGCAACUAUCCAAGAUGGUUCAGGACAUUCAAAAUACUGGUCUUGGAAACGCCUCAGAUAUAUAUUUGAGCGUAGUUCCUUCACUCGGUGUCAGACAGAAACUCCCGGAGGCUGAGGCUAUAAUUGGAUUGGCGAGAGACCAAGCAAAAAGAUAUGAGCAAUUGGGGCAGUUGACGAAGGCUGGUCAUAUUUAUGAGUGGCUAUUCGAGACCGUUUCUGUGUUUGAACCAGAGAAUCUCCUUUGCGUCAGAGCCACCGCUGUAUUAGUGGAGCAUCUUAGGCAGCUCACCUUAACUAUCCAGUUAAAAACACUUGACAAUGAUGAGAGAGACCUCAAAAAUCUUAAAAGCCAGAUACGGGGUAUUCAGCAGCGCGUGAGAGACAACAUCACAGUUGAGGGGACUCGUGCUGUCUCUGGACUCGUUUCAAAUCUUGAGAAAAUGUACGAGGCUCAAGGCCGUGGCUGGGAAUGUAGCCUCUUGGAACAAGAGAGAUCUGAAAUCAAAGUCGAGCCUGAAAUAGAUCUCGAAUUUGACGAAUAA